AUGAUAAAAUUAAAUAUUUUUUUGAAUCAGAUUUACAAAGAAAAAAAAAUUCAAAGAAAAAAAUUGAAAGAAUAAUUCGAAGAAAGUGUAUAAAAUAUGCAGAAAAUCAAAUUUAAUAAAUAAAAAGCUAUUUCUUUUUUAUUCGAUAUCCUUUUGCUCAUAUUAUUUCUUGGUGCUGUGACCUUUCUUCAAUUAGUUUAAACAAUAACCGUUAAUGGCGUAAAUUAAUUUUGUUACAUAUCUGGUUGGUUUUGGGGAGUGCGUGUACUUACCAUAGGAAUAACAUCUCUAUUUUAUGAUUUAUUUUUAUAUUUACUAAGAAAUAUUUGUAAAAACUACUAAAAGGGUUAUCUAAUUAUUAGAAUAAUUCUUUAUACAACUUUGGCUAUAUUUGCUACAAUUAUGUUUGCCUCUAAAUAACCAGUUUUGAUAAUUAUUAUUACAUCAAACCUCUAUACAGUUCACCUUUGCUAAGCUCAUUAGAUUUUAUAUAACAAAUCUAAUGUUAUAAUAAAAUGCUUAUUAAAUUAUGCUUUUUUGUUCCUUAUAGUCCCAUCGUCUUAUUUAUGUGCUCUUUAUUUUGAUGCGAUUAGCUAAAAUUAUGAUAAUGGUUUAUAUAUAGGAAUGAUAUUCUCUUAUAUAGGUUCAAUGAUAAUACUAUUUUUACUAUCUUUAAAAACAGAUAAACUUAGAAAUAUAUUUCUAAAUAAAUAAGAAGAUGGAGAUUCAGAUUAAAAUCUUUUAUAGAAAAUAUAAAAUAUAAAAGUUUUAAACACAAAAUAAAAAAUUGCUAAAUGUGCUAUUAUUAUCUAUUCAUUAAUCUUUUAAUUUAUUUCUAUCUACUUAAAUACAAAUGGAGCAUCAAUACAGGAAGUUUAUACUUAUUGUGGCUAUUAUACUUAAGAAUUGAUUUAUUGUAUACUUCUUGUAUUUUAUCUGCCACUAAUUAAAUUUUUUACUAUCGAGGAUAGUGUAAACAUUUUAGUUGUACUCAAUAUAAUUUUGCUAUGUCUAAAAAUAAUUGUUGGAAUCGAAUAUUAUCAGAUAUAUAUAUUUAAUACUAAUUUCCCAAUAAUUGUAGCAGGAUUCUCUCAAAUGUUGCCCAUGUUAAUUUCAACUCUAUACAAGAAUAAUUAUGAUCUAUUAACACAAGACUAAUAUGUGAGAUUAGGAUUAAGUUUUAAUUUUAUCAGCUUUUUCUUUCAAAACUUUUAAUUUAAAAAAAUGUUUUUUACAAAUAGUCUUGAUUUUGAAAGUGUAAGCCAUUUCAAAAAUGAUAGACAAUAUUAUGAAUAAAUAUUAAGUCCUGGCAUAUAAAUUGGGUUUAACCUUUUAUAUUUAGCGUAAUUUUAUCUUUGCUAUCACUACUUCAAAAUUAAAGUUAGAAAUUUGAAAUAAAUGAUAGAUUUAAAAAAUUGA